GCGCUCCCUCCUCCCUGCGUCUCUUUCCAUCACUCUCUGUGGUGUCGCCGGUCGGGUUCUCCGGGUUCUCCGGCCCGUGACAGCCGGCCCUCCCUCUCCUCCGUCAUGUCCAGCCUCCGCCUGGCGACGGCUGCGCGUUGACGACCGUCGGCAGGUGAAGCAGAAAAACAGGAGCAGCUGCCGGUGAAAGCUCUGAGGCCAUGAAGGAGCUGCUGCUCCUCCUCCUGCUGGUGACGGAGGCCUCCUCCAGGUCUCACAGCAGCUGGUGCCAGCGCGGCUGCGAGUGUCGAGGAGACCUGAAGUUCACCGUCUGCUCGGGGGCGCUCUUCUCCCAGCUGCCCGGCCGAGUGCCCCCCAACACGGAGCUCCUCGACCUGUCCGACAACCACAUCUCCGUCAUCCCCCGGCGCUCCUUCGGCAGGAACCGCAAGCUCCGCUUCCUGCUGCUGCAGAACAACAACGUCAGCGUGGUGGAGGACGGCGGCUUCUCGCAGAUGGAGUUCCUGCAGAAGCUGGACCUGAGCCGGAACCGGAUCUCCACCCUCACCGAAGGGUUCUCCGUCGGCUUGGCCCUGCUGCGCGAGCUGCAGCUGGCCCACAACCGCCUCACGAGCCUGGACAGCCGCAGCUUCCUGCACCUGGACGGCCUCCAGAGGCUCAACCUGAGCAGCAACGGCAUCCGCACCAUCCAGGUGAGGUCCUUCUCCUCCAUGAGCAGCCUGCGGCAGCUCCACCUGCAGGACAACAGCCUGCGGUCCCUGCGGAGCGGCACCUUCUCCAUGCUGCGCUCCCUGGAGGUCCUCAACCUGGCCGGGAACCAGAUCAGCGACAUGCAGACGGCCGUCUUCAAGCCGCUCACCAGCAUGACGCUGCUCAACCUGGCCGACAACCGGAUGUCCACCGUCCACUUCAAGACGUUCCUCGGCAUCCACGCCUACAGCACGCACAUCCUGCUGGAGGAGAACCCGUGGAACUGCGACUGCGACCUGCAGAGGGUCUUCCGGAAGCUGCGCAGCAUCCAGCGGCUCUUCCUGGACGACUACUACAACCUGACCUGCGAGGAGCCGGCGGUCCUCAGGGACUACCGGUUGACGGACGUGGACACGGAGCUGUGCCUCGCCGAGACCGUCACCGUGCUCGUCAUCACCGUCACCGUGCUCGUCACCGUGCUGGCCGCCAUGCUCAUGGGCGAGAGGAAGAGGAAGAGGGAGAAGAAGAGGAAGCACUGGACGCAGCAGGGAGAGCUUUCGGACGAGUCGGACUACUGAGGCCGGCCCUCUGAAACGCGCUCACGUUUCAGGGUUCUCGUGUUUCAGUGUGUUUUCAAUGUUCCUCACAUUAAAGGCAAGUUGUGACCUUUUAUUGACUAAAAGCUUUUAUUUAAGAUACACACAAGACAAUGUGUCUACAGCGCCCCCUGCAGGUAACACAGAUGCAUG